CACCUCUACAAUCACCGGCUGCCACGGAAACUGCCAGUGGGAAUAGAAGAAACAGCACUUCCUGUUUCAAACAGUUCUUUCUGCUGUGAGUCUGAGCAGCUACAGAAUGAUUUGGACGGCUUACCAUCCAUCUCCACUGGUUGAAUGAACAGCUGUGACUUCUCACCACCGCCGACAGCAGCUUUAUGAGAGGAGGCUCAAGGUUCCAGGUGCAGCCAUGCCCGUCUCCCUGCUGUGGGCUGUGGACGUCUACGGGCGGGUCUACGGCCUGUCCACGGUGGGGCAGCAGUGGGAUCAGUGCCGCGAUGCCCAGAUGGAGUUCAAGCGGGUCACGGCGGCACAGGAGUGCUGCUGGGGCAUCGCCUGUGACAACAACAUCUACCUGAACGUUCACGCUUCCGACCUGUCCAUCCGCUACCAAGAGGAGACCUAUGAAAAUCAACGUUGGAAUCCCGUUGACGGUUUCUCUGAACGUUUGCUGCCAAGCGACCGCUGGCAGUGGAGCGACGUCACAGGUCUGCAGCACCAACCUCUGGACAGCUUCCAGCUGCCCUCCAGCAGCUGGGAGUGGGAGGGUGACUGGUAUGUGGAUGAAAACUUUGAGGGAGAGCCCACAGAGAAAGGGGGAUGGACCUACGCCAUCGAUUUCCCUGCCACCUAUACUAAAGACAAGAAGUGGAACUCCUGUGUCCGUCGCAGGCGAUGGCUCCGCUACAGGAGGUACAAAGCAAUGGACACCUGGGCUAAGAUCCCCUCACAGCACACAACUCUACCAGAUCCCUUCAGCGACAUCAGCUGUGGAGGUUGGGAGAUUAGUGAGGAACCCAGGGGCCGGCUGUCUCUGUGGGCUGUGUCCCUGCAGGGCAAGGUGUGGUUUAGAGAGGGAAUCUAUCACCAAAAUCCUGAGGGCGCUUCAUGGGAGGAGGUGCUUCUACCUGGAGAGGUGGUCCAGAUCAGCUGUGGCCCAGCAGACCUGGUCUGGGCUGUGCUCUGGGAGGGGCAGCUCAUUGUCAGGGAGGGCAUAAGCAGAGACUGCCCUAAAGGUGCCUCUUGGGCAAUAGUGGAGUCUCCCAGCUCUGAUGUGGGAGCGACACACGUAGCCGUGGGAAACAACGUCGUCUGGGUUGUGACGAAGGACAAUAAAGUGUGGUUCAGGCGUGGCGUGAAUUCUCACAACCCGUGUGGCUCUGGCUGGAUCAGCAUGGUUGGAGAAAUGAUCAUGAUCAACGUAGGACAGAACGACCAGGUGUGGGCUAUCAGCUCUGAGGACCGAGCUGUGUACUUCAGACAAGGCGUGACCUCAAGUGAGCUGAGUGGGAAAACUUGGAAGGCUAUCACCGUUCCCCGAGACAGAGACCGAUCCCAGUCCAGCGCCAGCGCAAACAGCCUGCAGAGUGCCGGAUGUUUUUUCUGUGGUGAGGUGCGUGCUCCGUCAGUAGCAAGUGAUGCAGAAUCAGACCUAGAGAAAGGAUCUGCAGAUGGGCCCGGCUGCCUCGUCACCUCCACCUCCCCGGAUACCUUUGUCGACGCCCCAUCUGACCCGCCCGCUGACACUCCCAAACCUCGUAUCCCCAAGGUCACCAGCGACAGCUUCAUCUCUGAACUCGUCUCUGAUCGAGAAUCGGGGAAGACCUCGAGAGAUGUUGGAAAAGCCACUCCCACUGUCCUAGAGGAGGACACCAUCUCACAUGAAGGAGAUGCCAAAGCCCCCUGCGCUGGUGUUGCUCUCUCUCCUAGCCAGUCUGGCGGCCCUCUUGAUACCCAGUGGAGUAAUGUGGAUCUGGAGGAGGCACAGAGCCAGCAGGCUCAAACUGGAGCAGUGCUGGACUCAGCUGACACCUGCAGCUUGUCCUCAGUAGCCACCUACACCCUUGCCAUGGAGGAUCCUUAUGGUGGAGACGAGCACCCUCUGUGGGCCUGGGUCAGUGGAGGAGGCUGCUCUGUGGACAGUCACUCCCAGCUCAGCUGGUUUAACUCUGUGAACACUGCAUCCUUAGUCCAGUCAGUCCAGUCCAUGAGUUUGUCAGUCAGUCCAGCCCAGACGGCAGCUUGGCGAAAACAAAUCUUUGAACAACUCAGCGAGCGGACCAGGAGAGAGAUUGAUAAUUUCAAACAUUAUGAACAAGCCAUAGAACAGUCUGUGUGGGUGAAAAAGGGAAGCAUGCAGUGGUGGAGAGACUGGAAGCCACAUAAGUGGAUAGAUGUUCAUUUUGCCUUGGAGCAGUUCUCAGGACCGGAGGGCAACAAGGACGGCAUCCUGUUCAUCUAUUACAACUAUUACGAGGAAAAGAAGUACCUGCAUGCCUUUAUCAAUGAAGUUACCAUCCUGGUUCCUGUGCUAAAUGACUCCAAACACACUUUUGCCAUCUACACUCCUGAGCGGACCAAACAGAGGUGGCCUAUUAGAUUGGCGGCUGCCACAGAGCUGGAAAUGCAUGAUUGGCUGGCAUUGUUGAGCGUGUCAUGCUGUGACUCAAGGGGGAUCCAGGGUCCUCCCUCCAAACAGGCCAUCUGGUCCAUUACCUGUAAAGGGGACAUCUUUGUCAGUGAGCCCUCACCUGGCAUAGAGGCUGUGCCUUACCCGACACCCUGCGACCAGAUGUUCUGGCGGCAGGUUGGAGGCCAUCUGCGUAUAGUGGAGUGUAACAGUGUUGGGAUAGUGUGGGGGAUCGGCUUUGACCACACAGCCUGGAUCUACACCGGGGGCUACGGAGGAGGGUUAUUCCAGGGACUGGCAAGCAGCACAGAUAAUAUUUACACCCAGACGGACGUUAAGAGCGUUUACAUUUAUGAGAAUCAGCGGUGGAACCCCGUCACUGGCUACACCAACAGAGGCUUACCAACAGACCGCUACAUGUGGAGUGAUGCUUCAGGACUACACGAGUGCACAAGAGCAAAUACAAAACCUCCCUCCCCUCAGUGGACAUGGGUGUCAGAAUGGGCUAUCGACUACAGCGUGUCUGGCGGGACGGACAGAGAAGGCUGGCAAUAUGCAGCUGAUUUUCCAGCGUCAUAUCAUGGCUAUAAAACGAUGAAGGACUUUGUGCGUCGUAGGCGAUGGGCAAGGAAGUGUAAACUGACCACUACAGGACCUUGGCAAGAAGUUCCCCCUAUCGCACUAAGUGAUGUAACCAUCCUGCCAUGUGCAGCUCAGAGCACUGUGGACAUGGUUCCUGUGUGGGCGAUCAGUAACAAGGGCGACGUGCUUUGCCGACUGGGAGUCACCGCCCUGACGCCUGCUGGAUCUUCAUGGCUCCACGUGGGAACAGACCAGCCUUUCAAGUCCAUCUCCAUUGGGGCUGCCAGCCAGGUGUGGGCCAUUGCCAGGGACGGAUCUGCCUUCUACAGGGGAUCUGUGUCACCACAGAACCCAGCAGGAGAUUGUUGGUACCACAUCCCGUCUCCAGCCAAACAGAAGCUGAAGCAGGUAUCUGUGGGAAGAACAUCGGUCUUCACUGUAGAUGAGAAUGGUAACCUGUGGUACCGACAGGGUGUGACCCCCAGCUACCCUCAGGGCUCCUCCUGGGAACACGUAUCUAACAAUGUCCGCAAAGUCUCUGUAGGUCCUCUGGACCAGGUAUGGAUCAUAGCAGACAAGGUGCAGGGCAGCCACAGUCUAAGCUGCGGGACGGUGUGCCAUCGACUCGCAGUGCAACCCAUGCAGCCCAAAGGACAGUCCUGGGACUAUGGCAUUGGGGGUGGAUGGGACCAUAUCACAGUGAGAGGGAACUCUGUAGAACCGCCCCACAUCCGUCUUCCCUCUCUAACAGACAUGUCCACCUCAUCCCCUCGGAGCCUGCUGGAAGUCAGGAACACGGAGGUCGACAGCGGUACUUCAGGAUGUUAGACAAACCCAAAUUUGUGCACACAAACUGUAUAAAAAGAAACAAAAAAACUCAGAUUACCUUUGUAGUAUUUUUUUAAAGCACAGCUUAUUUUAACACUGGAAUAGCAAGGUGAUCCUUAAAUCCUUAGGUUAGAGUUCUCACACCUUAUGAGCCGGUGAAACAGAGCAAUGGAUUUCAGACAAUCAGAGCCAUCUCUGAUGACAAACAUACUGAUCUGAUCUGUCCCUGUGUUGUUUUUCAUUUGUACUAGGCAUUCAUGUGAUGGUAAGGGCGUUUCUGUGUAUGUUUCUGUAAGUGUGGUUAUUCUUUUGCCAUUGAACUUAGUGGUCUUAAUUCAUUUUUGUCCUUAUUUAUUAAUCAGGAUGUGAUGUUCAUGAUAUGUGUGGUUUCUGUGUAUAGAUUACCACAACAAGUUAAGGUUAAGACAGUAGGGUUUUUUUAUGAAAGAUGUAUAUUUUUAAAAUGUGCUUGAAUUGUAGUUGAAUAGUUGCUGGACCACUAGCUUCAGAGUGAGUGCUAUUUUGCAUUUUAUCCUGUGAGCAACAAGUUAAUCUGACGCAAGUUUUAUCUUUGUUUACUUGUCUGCUCCUUUUGUCUGCUGACCUGACACACCGUUGGCACUACUGAAUACUUUUAUGUGCAUCUAUGUGUCAUCAUCUUUUGGAUUCUGAAGACAAGAAUCGGGGUGAUUAUUGCAUGUAAAAAGUCAGCUUGUGAGGUAAACUGAACCCACUGUUAGCUGAAUGACACUGGCUGAGAGAAUUGUAAAAAUACACUCCAAAACACGCUCUGUAAUUAGCAUUAGUCACUUCUAAUCAGUCAAGUAUUGUUUCUAGACAGAUCGUAGAGGUUUACCCAUUGACUGCUUUUUGGAGCCAGUAUGUAGCAGCUGUUAGAACACCUACACUGGUUUAAACUUACACAUGGCUUGUGCAAAGACUUCUGAUGUUAUUACCUAAAAAAAAAAAAUCUAUCAUUAUCAUGAAGCGUGUACACUGGUGAAUAUUGUAAAAGAGGGGAAAAUUACUGUAGUCUUAUAGCUGAAACGCUCAAACUGAACCUUCCUCUUUCUCAGGAGUGUCUGCAUUUGCAUGCUGUUUACUUCCUUUGACAUAAUGGUUGUAGAAUGACUGAGCAGUGAGGAAGAAAAAAAAAAAAACACUAUCUUUUGUUGCAAAAUUGCAAAAUACUAGUAUCUACUCAGUAUCGUGGCAGUUGUAAUAUUACACGGACUACUAAACAUCAUGAACGGGCAUCAGUUUAUGUCGAUAGCUGCUUAAAUGCACCUUCGCUGUCUAAAUCUGCUGAACUAUUUGUAAAUGUUGCAAGUGUACAGAGAUCUCUAUUAUCUGUGACUACUGAACAUUGUGUGUGGUCCAUUUGUGCAUCGUCAAAAAAAGCAACAGUCUGUGUCAAUAAUAAAUAAAUGUAUUUAUUAAUAA